AUGGGAAAGAAGGAAUCCAAGCCUGAAGACUUUGAGAAUAGCAUUGAGAGAUACCAGCCGCAAUCAUUGCCUCAUGAGAUAGCCUUCGUCGCUGUUACAUGCAGUGCACAGUUGAUGGCACUAGCAGGGUUAGCUCAGUCGAUCGCACCAUUGCGCAUAAUUGGAGAAAGCUUUGGGACAAACAAUCCGGGGCAACUUAGCUGGUUUGCUGCGGCCUAUUCUCUCACGGUUGGUACGUUUAUUCUUAUCGCUGGUAGACUAGGUGAUUUAUUUGGCCACAAGAAAUUUUUUGUUCUAGGAUUUCUAUGGUAUGGCUUGUGGUCUUUACUUGCGGGAUUUAGUGUUUACUCCAAUCAGAUAUUUUUCGAUAUAUGCAGAGCUUUUCAAGGAAUUGGCCCAGCUUUUUUGCUUCCUAACGCAGUAGCUAUCUUAGGACGUACCUAUGAGCCUGGCAAGAGGAAACAAAUGGUCUUCAGUCUUUUCGGAGCAGCAGCACCGGGCGGUUAUGUACUUGGUGCUGUAUUCUCCUCGUUAUUUGCUCAGCUCGUAUGGUGGCCUUGGGCUUUUUGGGUAAUGAGUAUCUUUUGCACAUUGUUGGCUGUUGCCGGAUAUUUUAUAAUUCCUGAGACACCACUGCCUAAAAGAGAUGAAUCCAUUAGUAUUUGGCAGCUUACUGAUUUUGCAGGAUCGCUCACGGGUGUGAUUGGUCUAGUUUUGUGUAAUUUUGCAUGGAAUGAGGGACCAGUGGUGGGUUGGCCUAAGCCUUACACAUAUUCGUUAUUGAUAGUUGGCGUUUUCUUCCUCGUGGCAUUUGCACUAAUCGAAUCUCGGGCACAAUUUCCUCUGGUUCCAUUUUCUGCUCUUCCUAAGGACGCGUCUUUUAUUUUGGGUUGCGUAGCUGCUGGCUGGUCAAGCUUUGGUAUUUGGAUUUUCUAUCUAUGGCAAUUUUUGGAGGAAACCCGAGGAAAAUCACCUCUUUCAACAAGUGCUCAAUUCGUUCCGGUAACUGUAAGCGGAUUUUGUGCUGCCAUCACGACAGGGUAUAUCUUAAGUCAUAUUUCUGCUAGUGUAGUCAUGCUUUUCUCCAUGACUGCGUUCACAGUCGGUGGUAUUUUGAUUGCUACUGCACCAUCACAUCAGACUUAUUGGGCACAAACAUUUAUAUCAAUCAUUGUAAUGCCCUGGGGAAUGGACAUGUCUUUCCCUGCUGCAACGAUUCUGCUUAGCAAUGCAAUGCCUCAAGAACAUCAAGGUCUUGCUGCUUCUCUAGUCAAUACAGUUGUAAACUACUCGAUUUCAAUUGGCCUCGGCUUCGCAGGUACAAUCGAGUCUCGAGUUAACGGAGGGGGUACUAAUUUACUGAAAGGAUAUCGGGGUGCAUGGUAUAUGGGAAUUGGAUUAAGCGGUAUGGGUAUAGCGAUUGCAAUUCUUUAUGUGAUGAGCAUCCACCAAAAAUCAACUAGAAAAUCCGAAAAGACAAGGCUAGCCUAG